ACAUUACAUGUCGGAACUAAAAGAGAGUUCUUGGUGCUGCUGAGGAAUCGUUAUCGUGCAACGCCUUACAGUGAGCCCAUGUGAGAAGUUGCUCAUGAAUCAGACAGAAGAAUGAAGCGUCUGUAUAUUGGUGGCCUGAGCCACGCCGUAUCUGAAAAAGACCUCCGAGAUCGAUUUGGAAAGUUUGGUGAGGUUUCUGAUGUGGAGAUCAUAACACGGAAGGAUGAACAUGGGGCUCCGCUGAAGACUUUUGGUUAUAUCAAUAUCAGCAUUUCAGAUUCUGACUACAAAAAAUGUUUGACUGUCUUGAACAAAUCCAGAUGGAAAGGGGGCACAAUACAAAUUGAACCGGCAAAGGAAAGCUUUUUACACCGGCUUGCCGAAGAGCGUCAGAAAGCAGAUGAGAAGGCUCAAACGCCAAGGACAGACCCCCAAGCGAGAAUAGUGGAGUCUUUCAAGGCAGCUGGUGUUGAGAACUUCCACAUGAAAGCAGCUGUUCCAGGAACUGAAAUCCCUGGACACAAGAAUUGGGUUGUGAGCAAAUUUGGAAGAGUCCUUCCUGUCCUUCACCUUAAAUGUCAAGGCAAAAACAAAGUCUUCAAAUAUGACCCAUCCAAGCACUGCCACAACAUCAAGAAACUGGAUGCUGUGGAGGGCAUCACUCCAGUGUCCAAGCUGACGUGGGAGUUGGAUGGUGGAUAUGACGAAAUCAGCAAGAAGAGAAGAGGAGAGUUCCCACCUCAGAAAAAAUGCCCUAAGAAGACCAGAACAGAUUUGUCUAUUAGCACUGCACCAUGUGGAACUACAGUACUGACUGCUAGUAAGAAAAGGACUGCAGCACAGAGCAAUGGACGAGAUCUUUCAGUAAGACAAAUAAAGCAGAGACUUUCUGUAAAGCCUGUGUGUUUUUUAGACAGUGAUGCAGACUCAGAGGAUGAAAUAAGGAUGCUGGUUGCUCACGAACGUUCACAAAUCCAAAAAGCAGCAUCCAUAGAGGAGGAGGAUGAUAACUUGGAGGUGGUUGGAGAUGAUUUUGUUGUGAAAUCGAAUAUGUUCUGGGAUGGAGAACAUGGCGUGAGAGCUCAACUGGCAUCAAAAUCUUCAAAGAGUGAUGAGGAGUAUGACUCGGCUGAUACGGAUGAAAUUCUCGCUCAGAAGAAAAUGCCAGGCAAGGCUGAGGAGCCAGACUUUGAGGGGCUUGGUGAGAAUUCUAUUGACAAAACCAGUAAAGGUAAUGUUAAGACGGUGAAGAACAAAUCUAGAGAUGCUCCAAUGCCUCAGAUAGAGUCUGACAAUAGUGACGAAUCAUCAAGCGAAAGCGUAGAUUCGGAUUAUGACGCUAUGAUGGGUAACUGUUACAGGCUGGAUCUAUCACUUGCAGAUUUGGAGAAUCUUGUCAAAAAUGCAGAAGAACUUUCGGAUGAUGAGGAAAGUGAUGGUGUGGUAAGCGAGCAGCAAGCUGGGCCAAGCGAGCUUCCCAAAACAAGUCCCUCAAGAGCACCGUCAAAAAAGAGUGGCAACAACCCAGAGGAUAUCUUAGCUUCUCUCCUUGAACCUGACGUGGAGAACGAGGAGCAAGCAGAGACAGCAUUGAAACCAUCUCUUCCUCCUUUUGUUGGAACUAAGGACCUUUUCAGUUCCUCGCUCUCAGGCUCGUGUCUCAAAAGACCAGCAGAGAAGACCGACCAUGAAUCUAGAGAGGAGCCCAAAAGGCUCAAGGGAGACCAACUUACGGUGCCAAAGGAAAGUAGCUUGGAAGAUCAACUUUCAGAACCUUCACAUUUGUCAGCAUCUGUGGACCCACAGCCAAAAAUGAACAGUGCACCUCUUCCUCACACUAGUUCCUCAUCUGAAUGCGCUUCAUCAAGUGAUGAGAUGGAAAGUAGUGAAGAUGACCGACCAGAAACUGUUAAAGUGAAUGCCAGCACACAUUCUGUACCCAAAAACCAGGCAUUGGCCACACCUUCCCCCCAAAAAGACGUCACAGAAGCCUCAAACGCACAUGCUAAAUUACCUAAUGAACACACCACGCCUGCUUCUGCCCCUGAUUCAUCAAAUAGCUCCACAUCCAAUGAGGAAUCAGAGGCGAGUGAUGAAGAGGAGGAGAAAGGCAACAACAUGGAAGCAUUGCAGAAGGGAUCGACUGUAGCAAGUUCUGAAUGGACUACAAACAAUGCAGCAUUGCAUCUCAAACCGCUUGAGCAGACUGUUGCAGACACGGUCAAGCAGCAGCAGGACAAUCAGAAGCGUCUUGCUGCUUUAGACCAGAGGAAGAAAGAGGCGGAGCAACAGAAGAAGCUGAUUCAAGGAGCUCUUUCUAGAUUGGACAUCCCAAAUGCAAACAAAGGAAAGCAUAUCGUGUUUGAUUCUGACGAUGAAGAUGAAGAAACCCCUGCACCCCAGAAGAAGACCCUCUUUGAGGAGGCCACAGAUUCUGAUGAAGAAGACAGAUCAGGAGCUGUGGAAAGACAACACCUUAAAGAAAAGGAACGCAAGAAGGCAGGUGGUAGUAAACUGUUUGAUAGCAGUGAGGAUGAAGAUGAUGAGGAAAACCGUUUCCAGAUAAAACCACAGUUUGAAGGCAAAGCUGGACAGAAGCUCAUGGAAUUGCAAUCCAGAUUUGGAACAGAUCCGAGAUUUCAGAUGGAUGCAAAGUUUCUUGAAAACGAUGGGGAAGAAGAGGAAGAUGCAGGAUCCCAGGUGCCAGCAGAGCAGGAGCUUAUCGAGGAGAAGAAGAAGAACAUGGCUAUUCUACAAAGUGUUGUUAAUGUCAGCAUUGAGCCCAGUGACACGAGUACAAAGGCAGCUAAAGGCAAGACCUUCAGGGACAUCUCAGCUUUGCAUUACGAUCCAACCAGUGAUGCACAUUCUGUUUUCGAAUCCAAGAUGGAAGAACCAAAAAAAGAAAGCAAAGCCGUGAGGCGAAAGAAACGUGAAGAGGCAGAGAAACUUCCAGAGGUUUCUAAGGAGAUCUAUUAUGAUGUGGCUGUGGACCUGAAAGAGGUUUUUGGAACGUCAACACACAGCCAGAAUGAAAAGAAGGAGGAACUUACAUGGGACAAAGAGGAAGACGAGAAUGAAGAUGAAGCUACAGGGCAAGACAUGCACAUGUGGUCUCUUUCAUCUAGUGUAGAAACUGAAAAAGAGGCGUCAAGUGUUUUUAAAUUCUCUUUCUUUGGAGAUGAUACAGCAGAUACCACCUCAAAAACAGAUGAAUACAAAUUUGAGACCCUGAAAGGGCCCAAAGUGUCUUGGCAAGUGGACCCUCAUUUCCAGGACAGCAGUUCAGAUGAGGAUGAUGUAGAGGAGGAGGAGGAACAUAAAGACCAGUCAGCCUCCACUUCCGUCACCACUGAAGAGCCAGCCCCCACAAAAAAGUUUUUCUUUUUCUUUGAAGACGACAUAAGGUUAAAGGAGGGACCUAGAAUGUUCUGGAGAAGUCAGAAACUUGAGGACCAAAGAGAAGCAUGGGAGGAGAAGAGGGCACAACUCAGAGAGGAGUACCGGAAGAAGCACAAGGACGCAAAAAGACGGCAAAAGUCAACAAUGAAAAACUGAAGCGCAGCCGAUUAGGAUGAGCCUUAAUUUCCUUCAUUAAGGAAACUGAUUUUGACGUAAUAUCAGAACAGUACUUUAAUACCAGAAUAUUCUCAGAAUGUUCAUGUUUAUGAAUCAAUAUCCUGUCCUUUCUGUGUAAAUAAAAACAAUUUUCACCACUA